UUGAGAAGUCGGGAGGGAGUGAGGAGUACGAAUUCUAGGGUUUCUUGGAUCGAUUUUGUUGUUCCGGUAACUGCGUUUUGUGGAAAUUACAGGUGGUUUUCUCUGGGAUAUUCUUCCGCGGCUUUUCUCCGAUACUUCCGGCGAAACGUUUCCGUGUUUCGCCGGCGAUGGUAGGGUCAACUAUGGCGGCUGCGUGAUCCUCCUUGACGAAGCUUCUCGUUCCUUCGCGAAAGGGUUCAUCCUUUUGGCUCUUUCAGAUUUACUAAUUUCCCACGACUUUGCUUGGACGAUCUGGAGAAGCAUUUUCCACUUUCCACGAGAUUCCGUCACGUCAGUGCUUAGGUUUUGGCGUGUUUCAAGAGAUCCAGUAUCGGUUCUGUUCUUCCUGAACGAUGGAUGAAUCAUAGAUUUUCUCCGUGAACAAAACCGAGAGAAAGAUGGCGGUCACUUUCCCUCGUCUUCCGAGGUGGUUGUGCGGCGGUGGUAACAGUAAGGACAGAGAGAAAGAGCCGAUCACCAAAGGGUCUUCUUCUCUAAACCCACAGUUGGAGCCUGCAAAAUUCCUUCCUAAGAAAACGAAGAAGGCGAGAAGGGGAUGGCUUGGGAGAGAGGAGGAAAAGCUUGGGAAUGUGGUGUUCCCUGAACCUGACGACCCAGAAUGGUCAAUCGGGUGGGUCGAGCCACACGGACCGGGCUUCAAAGCCGCCGAUGGCGAGGACGAGGAUGGAGACAGUGGGUUUGUGGUGUUGGUUCGGUGCUACAAGAAAGUGAUGGAUGGUUCAGGCAACCAGAUUCUGGGUGUUGCCAACAAUCUCCCAAAUGGGUUCUCUCCCGAUGGGAAGAACAUGGAGAAGUGGAUGUCGUCCAUGCGGAAGCUGUGACAGUCCUUGAGACACAACAACAGGGUGUUUGUUCGGCGCCUGGCGAAAUUCUGAAUUCUGAAGGGCCGUCGAAUAAAAGAAUCAGAACAACCAGAAAGAAAAAAGAAAAAAGAAAAAGGAAAAGAUCUCCUGUGGCUGUGGAUAUAGCUCUGCUUCUGGAGUUAUUCCUAUCUGUUUUUUGUUUUUUGGUGGGUGGGUGGCGAACAAAAGAAGCUCCUCGUGGAUUGAUUCCACCGUUUUCAGAAAUGGGGGACCGAGCAAAGAGAUGAUCAUUGAUCAUAGGUUGCCAAAAAUAUGUGGAGAUUUGGAUAUUUCCCCUGCAUCCUUUCGGUGGAUUUUUGCAGAAUGGUGAAGAAAAUUGGGUUUUCCCCCCUUUGCUUCAAGAAAUUGGUUGGGAAAAUUCCUUUUUUUCCGUAGAUGUGAGUAAAUAAAUGUACUUUUAUUUUCUUCAACCUGUGUGUUCCGACAGCUUAGAUCUCGCGUCGCAUGCUUCUCCAACAACUACGUGUUCUUUUGUAUUGUUCGUCGGCAAUCGCUUUUGGCUCACAAGGGGAGUCGAGCCAAUGUGUGAUGCAACAAACUAUUCCUAUAUGAA